UCAUAGUUGUGCUGUAGGCUGUCCAUUUUGCUGCGACGCUUUGUGGUCACAUCGACAGUGAUAGAGCGCUGAGACACCUCUGUUGUAUGCGAAAAGAUGCGAGUGGGAUUUCAUUGUUUUUCCAAUCACCGCAUUCCUGUUUCACGAUGCCACCCACUCCUUGUGCCGUCAAAGGCUGUGAUUCCAAGACCAGGGGCAACAUUAGUAUGCACAGUUUUCCGAACGACCCAGCAGUGAGACACGUGUGGGUAGAUUUUGUGCGUUGUGAUCGCAGCUGCGACUGGACGCCAGCCAAGCGAAGCCGGAUUUGCUCGCUGUAUUUCAGCGCCGACUGCUACCGGAUCGAGAACCAUCGGUACCUUCUUGAGUUCAGCAUCGCGCUGCCAAAGAAGUGAUAUCUGGAGUCAGAAGCUGGGCUCACGCUCUACGCUGCUUCAGCACAACAUCGCGAUGCAAAUCAAGCAUCAGAGCCCACACGCAAACGUCUGUUUCAGGCAGACGAUAGAGCUGCAUUGGGGUGCGGGACCAGGAUGCAAUACUUUAGAAUUGAGUGAAAGGCAGGGAGUGCUCCAGGGUGAACUGGAAGAACUUGAGCGAGUCGAGGCAACUCUUGAUGAGCACAAGGUCUGGGCUCAGCAGAGCCUGCUUAAUAUCACCGAGGAUGCCUUAAAUGCAGCUCAUGCCCACAUCACCACACGGGAAUUGCGAAGUUGCUUUCCAGAGUCAACAUUGCUCAGCCUGCGUGCACCACGUGACACAUUCAUUCGUGUGCCUGACUUGAGACAGGCUACCGAAAAAAACUACUGGGUUUAUGCAAAGUCUGAACAGGGCCCCAUCAAUGUUCUACUUAUAGACAAGGAUCCUGAACAAACUGCACUACCUUUUCAGAUUCCUAAUCAAGAAAAAGCUUCUGAUUUGGUUGAGAUUGCUGCUAAGGACCCUGCUGAGGCCCCCGCUGAAGCCGUCCCCUCUGAGGCCCCUGCUGAAACUCCUGCUAAAGAACCUAUUGAAGUUCUCAUGGAGGCUCUUACUGCAGCCUCUGCCGAAGCUCCUACUGAAGCCCCUGCCAAAGCUCCUGCCGAAGCUCCUGCCGAAGCCCCUGCCGAAGCCCCUGCUGAAGCUUCUGCUAAAGCCUCUGCUGCAGUUACGACUGCUCCAAAACAGGACGCAGAAAAGCCAGUUCCUAUGCAGAUUGAAGAUAUCCAAGGCGAGGAAGUAGUGAUGAUUGAGUUGGAGCGAACAGAAGCUACCUUUCCAGAGCGACAUUCCGCAGGCUACAAUACAUCACAUACCAUGCCAAUGACUCGUCGCAAAUCUCGCCAGCAGCAGUUGCCUGUCAAACGAAAGCUCAGCAACACUAAAGCCCCGAAUGGUGCAGCCAAGAAAGCAAAGGAAUUCAUUUUGGAGGCACCAGUGACUCGAAUGACUACCCGCAACACACCUCGCAAGACUGUGCCAAAUGCCAGUUCUCAGUCAAGCCCUUUGGUAACACGGAGCCAAAGGGCAGCAGCCGCCUCAGUGGGCAAGGUGACAGAGACAUCUGAUCAAGCACGCCUUUCUCCUGGAAUUCGAGAAGCAGCGGCUGCAGCUUCAGAAAACAAUGGCAUGCAGAAGGAUUUGGCAUCGGAAGAGCUCUUUGAUUUGAAAGAUCUGAACCUUUACGAUGAUGCUUUCCUAGAAAAUGUGCCUCCAAAUACGUCAUUCUUGUGCCUGAGCCCACCACUUAGCGAGCGAGACUACUUUUUUCACCUUGAUGAAAACGAAGGCAUCUGCGACUUGUUUGACGUCUUGUGACACAUCGGCCGUCCUCUGCAUACUAUCUAUUUUUUUCAUGUUUGGGAUCAUUUGAGAGGAUGUUGCUUUUUUGCUUGUUGAACUUCUUUCAACGAGUGUGGGUGUUUGUGUCAACUCUCAAGUUGCCUGUACAUUAUGAGAGAGGGCGUAAUACUACCACUGGACUGCUGCUGCCACUUUGAUAGUCUUGCAGGGCGUUGCUUUCAUACACAAAGCUGGCAGAUGGUCGAGAUGACAGCAGUGAUGGUUGAGUGAUAGUGGUAUGCUAAAGCUUUCCAUUGCAUUGUGAAUAAUGCUUCGUGAAUAGUUCAUGAGGUGGCUGUCAUAGUACUCGGUUUGCUUAAAGGCCAACUCCGGCGAUUUUUUGACCAUGUCAAGGUAAUGGUGUUUCUAUGUUCCUCGGACACUCAUGUCAGGAGCCCAAUAGCUGAAAUGCUCUGUAAGUUCAAAAAUAAUUUUUAAUAAGCAAAAAAGUACAAAACCAAAACUGAAACACGACUGGGUGCCCUGUCUGCGUAUGACGUACUAUUUUGUAAGAACCGGUGGCCAUAUACUGGUCUCGCCGGCAUGUAGUAUGAAAACUGUGGAAGCCAGACCAGCGAAGCACCGUCCCAACACCACAGAGGAAGGAAGAAAACCUUUCUGGGCUAUAUACGUGCCAAAUACCGCCGUUGUCGCCUUGUGGCCAGCACAAUAAACGCUGUAGUGGCCAAAGUAGUGAUGCCAUUGGCUGCAUCACUUUCGUUGACAUGUCAAACACGACGUCACACAGACAGUGUUGCCAAUAAUUCUGGCAAGCGAGGUGAGCUUUUCAAGGCAAUCUUUAAAAUUCAUUUUUAAACAAUCAGCGCAUCUUUCAAGUCUGUAAUUUGGCAUAAAUGACGGAAAUGUGCGAAGGAAUGUACCCAGCGAACUUCAUUGACAUUCAUAGACCUCGAGAAAUCGCCGGUGUUGGCCUUUAAACCUACAUUGUUGAGUGAUACUUCCCUCUUUCACUGAAGUUUCUACAGUGUACUGCUUUCAGCUCUUUUUUUUGCUACAAUUGAACCUCUUUUUUUGUAAGUCCAAGGGGCAAUUCUUGUCUUUUAUAUGCGGUGUCUCUUAUAAGCAGAGUGCUACAGUUGCGGUUUUUUUUAUCAGCCCCUAUUUUGAUCAGCCCCUAUUUUGAUGUCUCUUAUGCCCAGUCGUCUCUUAUGUAAGUGUCUCUAAUAAAGGGGCUCGACUAUAGUACAUAACAUGGAGUUGUUGUUUGACAUCAAACCACUUCUUUUGCUGCUAUAUAUAGACCCUCUUGUGUGUUAUAGAAUCAUAAACAUGCAGAUUUCAUGGAUCACAUGAAGUAUUUAUAUCAUCAAAACUAACAAGAUUGUGUGAAUUCAUUUCAUAUAGAGCUUAAUUGGCAUGGCUUUAUUCUCUGUAAUUAAUUUGAGUAGUCAAGUAGAUGGAUUAAUAUCAAUGGGGGGGGGGGGGGGGAGGUGAGAGCUUUCACAGUGCAAGCAUGAAAAGCUUUUAUUCAACUUUUUAUUCUGUCUUUUCCUCCCAGUCUAGUAAUAUCUACUUUACCUUUUGGUGUAGCUAGAUGUUUUAUGGCCACUCGGUGCACAAUCUGUUGCUUCACGUGUCGCUGGUUGUGUUCCACACAGCACAGUUGGGUUUGCAUGCUUCAUCUCUGGCUUGAUAGACAAUAAGGCACUCAAAGUGCAAUAGAAAAAGAAAUAGCAUUUUCACCUUAAAGAAGACAUGGUAAAAAUAAAAUAACCUUGGCUCACAAGCUUCGAACACAGCAUCUAGGAACUACAGUGGGAAAUGGUAACUCAUUGCUAAUGCUUUAAUUACUAGAUACAUUUGCUGUUAUGUGAGCUGCUGUUAACCUUCUCAAUGGCUGCAUUAGGCACUCUGCUGCAUUGCACCUCAAGCUAGCGACUGAAAUUUAUGAUAUUGGUGCAGAUUUGGCUAAUUUGUUGA